GUGGCGAUUUGACCACUGCUCAUUAUCCUUCGCCAGUGUUAGGAAAUAACUCUCACUUAGUCACUUUAACUUCGCCGAACAACUCCGCCUCGAACAGCAGAUUGUACAAUGCGGGCUGUACUGGCGAAGCAGCUCAACAACGAGCGAACGAACUCCAACUUGAAGCAGAAGAGACAGUGGUUGUUCAACUCACCCAGUAUGACUACACAGCGCACCUUUACUCUACUUUCGUUUCUUGAGUUCUUAUUCUUCACUAUCGACCAUGAAUCGAAAUGAAGUUUCGUAAACAGUGACCACCGAAAGAAUGAAACUGGGAAUCUCUGGAUAAAGAGCGGAACCAGCGACGAUGGGAUUCAUAUUGAGCACCAAAGACCUCGCAACAGCUAAUGCGUCCGAACAUGAUCAGAUCAAGAGGGUUCUAGAGCCGUUCCGACAGAUCUUCAUGACUAUACUAGAGAACGCAGAGAACGAUUGCGUAAGUCAUUUCACAAUAGACCGGACUUACAGCCCCGCAAUUAUCACUCUUCACCCUGCCAAUGGAAAUGAUUUUAGCGUUAGCGCAAAGGGUCGAGCAGCCUUUCCGCCGAGCGUUCCUUACGAUAUGCAAACAGCGAUCUUGAAGUUCAACCAGUGUGACCUGAGCGUUCUCAGUCUCUUGUGUUGGAUUCGCGAUGCGCUUCGGCCAACUGGUGCUACAGUAGAUUGGCUAAUGAUCGUUUCUGUCCGACCUCUUUCCAUACUUCACUAUUCUGACGAAGAACCCGUAACGAGGAAUGGCCGUCAUUCGGUACUCGCAAUCACCACUGCGAGUCGCGAAGAAUAUAUCGCGGACUUCACGCUUGAACAGUUCGGAUAUCCGGCCGAACUUUGGUUCCUCGAGAAAGCAGAAUAUCUUACACGCUUUGUGGAGGCAGGAGCAAGUUGGCGCAUUGCUUCUGCGGAGGACAUGGACGACGCGCAUUGUGAUAUUGCAGAGUGUGAUAUUCAGCAACCCAUUAGGACCUGUAUUGAUGCUGUUUGCCAAGAAAUCGAUUGGCUGAGUUAUUACAAGCUUUCGGCUGAAGAACGCAUACCCUGGCUGGAAGCUCGCAUUCGAGAAACCGUAGGUAGGCUUGAAGCAGAAGACGAACUGGACUCAACACUAGAGGCCGCUUAGUAUAGAGGCAAGUUCAUAAAUGCACGGCAAGUGUGAGGCUUCCUCCAGUUUGCGAUGGUAUUUGUUGCAAUUUACAAUUCCGUACAAGUUGUGAUUGGCUCGUCGGCUCAGUGUCAUCUCCACCCGAAGGACAAUAACCUAGGGAAGACUGGUGAUGGUCUCCACUUCUUCACAGG